AUGGCUCAAAGAUAUGACGAUAAUCGCGAUUUGGUUCAUGGUCAAAUCAGCGAACUCGAAAACCAGGUACGAGAGCUAGUUGCUGCAAUGCAACAUCGUGACCAACGCAUCAUUGAUUUAGAAGCGCACGCGGCACACCAACAAAUCGCUGCGCAUGAAGAAAAUGUAGCUGCGGCUCAUAUUGCAAUCGCAAACCCAGUGGAUAGUGCUUUGAAAGCACUCCAAACUCCGCAAAUUUUGAGGAUCUUGCCAGCAUUUGAUGGCAAUCCUAUAAAGUUACACUCCUUCAUUAGAUCUAUUGACGAUCUAAUGCCGGAAAUCGACAGAGUUAGAGCUGCCAACGCAAUGCCCAAACCGGCUUUCGCCGAUGAAGGGCCCCCAGUUGUACCGGCGUGGCUACACCCGAAGGCGACCAGCGGGAUUUUUCGUCGUCUGACGCCGCGCCGACCGGGGAGCUUGGGCGUUGUCGAUUACCGACUAGGUCCAGCCUCUCCCUACAAGGAGGGACAGGACCGGAUCAAUUGCCGCAAUCAGGCUUCCAGUACACAAGCCCUCGAACCGAAUUCUGCCAACACACAGGAAAAGUUCCGUCCGACACUCUCCAAAUCACCCCACGCGCUGCAGACACGGACCAUGAAUAAUAGAAUGCUAACGAACGAAAACAAUGAGCAAUUUAAAAUUAACCUGCAACUUCAGAACAGAACUAAUUCAGUAAUUAACAAAUUAAACCUGCAACAAAGUCAAAUAACUAAAAACAUUAUAUCAGCUAGACUAGAAGCAGAAACAAGUAGAAACUUAAAAAUUCUUAGAGAAACCAUAAAGAUUAGCUACAACUUAGAUCAAUUAAAAUCCCAUCUUGAGAAUAUUUUCGAAUCAAUACAGCUAGCUAGAACACAAAUCAUUCCCAAGCAAAUAUUAUCAUUAGACGAACUAGCAUUCAUUUCAGGUAUCCUAGAACAACAAAAUAUUAGGCCUACUAGCACAGAACAAAUAUAUGAAUUUUUGGAUCUCUCUGCAUAUUAUAAUAAAACGAAAUUAAUUUUCAUUGUUUCAAUUCCUAGAAUAGAUAACUCUACCUAUACAGAAUUCCUGCUAGAGCCUCUUACAAUUUCCAGUAAAAUUUUGAAACUUCCAGCUCGUGUUGCUUUGCAUAAUGGCAACAAAACAUACUUCAUCGAGAAGGAAUGCAGACGCAUCGACAAGACGAAACUUUGUAACAUCAACGACCUGAUAGACGUCACUGGAGACGCUUGCUAUUCGAAUUUACUCAAAGGAUUUUCUGCAAAUUGUACUUUUACAAAUCAUUAUCAACCCAAAGCGAUUAAAAGGAUUACUGACAACCAUAUAGUAAUCACUGACAUUCAAAAUUUGGAAGUCGAUUCAAACUGUGGAUUGACAAAACGGAACCUAUCUGGAACAUAUUUAAUAGAAUUCCACAAUUGCUCAGUGGUAAUAAACGGCACCCAGUACACCAAUAUCGAAGCCUACAACACUGAACUGACAUUCGUUAUGCCAUUAGAUGGUUUACACAUCAACGAACAAACCCUAGAGAUCCGGGAUGAUAUUGAUGAAAUCCACAAAAACAGGCAUUACAUGGAAACAUUAUCUAACCAGCAUACACUUCAGACAUACACAUCCUUAAGUAUGUCGACAAUAUGUUUUCUUUUAAGUAUCAUUACAGGCCUACUUUGGAUUUUCAAAAGAAGAAAGCAAAUAAAUCUUCACCUAGGAACAUCCACGGAGUCUUACACCAAAUCAAAGAUAAGGCAAAGCGAAACCGAAAUCCGUUCAGCGAAUCGGGACGAUUCGUCUUCAAAAGGGGGAGUAGUUAAGAUCGAACCCUUCCUAAUCUCCAGAGAAGUACCCAUUUCCGAUCGCUUAUUCAUCACAUCAUCGUCGAUAACGCCAACAACAACAACAUCGACGACGAUCACACCACACCAGUUUGCAGUACGUUCAACCCCAGGUCCCCAGAUUGCGAGUAUCAGCAGUUAUCCACCCGGCAACACCACAAAGUAGAACGGAUGCGACCGUGGCCAUUCCUACAUCAGCAGUCUACGGCCAGUGCAUUGCAACACGACGACCGCAUUCCAUAAUUUCCUUAAUCAGCAGUUAUUAGCUAGGGCUAGGUUUCAUUUCAAUUUGGAAUUAAUAAAUCGAUCAGUUCAUUUUCA